AACUAUAACGCAAUAUUGCAGGAGCGGUUUCUAUGAGCGUUUAGUCAGAAUCGGGACUAGGAACUGUCGGGACUCUUGGGAUAAAUUUAGAAUUCCGGGAUUGCGAGGUACAAGACGCGUGUUUAAAGUUUUGUAAGACAAUAAUGCGAAAGAGCUUUUUUUUCAUAGUGCGAAAAACGUUAAAAUAAGGAUAAAGUGACUUAAGUAACAGUGAUUAUAAAAAGAAGACUGGGAAUGGAAGCAAUUACUUUAUUUUUUCUCUGUCUGGCAUCUCUGUCCCACGCUUACGACCAAGAACUUUUGGAAAAAGGAGAAUUAAGGAAAGCAUGUUCCAGAAGAGGAAACGCCAUACAACCUGUGAGAAGAGUCAAUAGUACUACCAGGUUGAUUGAAUUAAGAAAUCUAAUGAGUUCCGAAGUACGACUGGGUACCAUCCCUAUAGACGCCUACCUAGUAACUUCUAGCGACGAACACCAGGUGGGUUUAGGUCGAGUGUUGAAGUUGAUGAAUUCGAACGUAGAAGAGAAUAUAUCUCUGGUUUUAGUGGAAGCUAUGGAGACGCAAUCAUCACAAUGGACAAAGCAGCGUUGUGGACAGAUGGAAGAUAUCAUCUCCAAGCCGAUGAGCAAAUAGACUGUAAUUGGUUACUUAUGAGAGAAGGACAUAAAAACAUUCCAACAAGAUCUCACUGGUUAAAAACUCAUUUUCCAAAUGGAGCCAGGCUGGGGGUGAACCCCAAACUAGUGUCCGAAUACACGUGGAACCAGUUCAAACAAGAACUGAAUAACUCCAAAAUAGAGCUGAUAGCUCUGAAUGUUAGUUUGGUCGACGAAAUUUGGCCUAAAGAAGAAAGAGGACAGAUGAGGACGAAAGACGCAUUUGUGUUGGACAUUAAAUAUACAGGUAAAAAUUACAGUACAAAAUUGGAAGAAGUACGGAGGCAGGUGAAAAAGGCCGGCGCCGAAGCAAUGGUCGUAACUGCUCUGGAUGAAAUUGCUUGGUUGCUGAACAUUAGAGGGAGAGAUACCCCAUUCUCGCCCUUUGUGAGGAGCUACCUCUUCCUGGACAUGGACAACAUUUUCAUGUACGUCAAUGCCAGCCAAUUGGUGACCAAUGAAGUUCUCAGAUAUCUGCACGCGGAAUCUUCAUUCAGGCAUUACGACACAGUACAGCUCAGAAAUUACUCAGAUAUUUGGCCAGACUUACGAACCAAAUCACAGCGCUACAAGAAGAUUUUGGUACCUUCUCAUUGCGUGUACAGCGAGGGGGCAAGCCAUGCGAUAUACGAACAUAUUUUCCCCAGCAGAAGACUGCCAAAACAAUCGCCAAUUAUUUACUUGAAAGCGGUGAAAAACUCUGUGGAAAUUGAAGGCAUGAAAAUGGCAAACAUCAAAGAUGCCGCUGCGAUGUGCGACUUUUUUGCAUAUAUAGAAAAACAGAUGUCGACAGGGCGUGUAUUCACCGAAGCAAUAUUGGCAGACAUCUUGGAUGCUUUCCGUUACGAACAGAACCAGAGCUUAGGGAAUAGCUUCCGUACGAUCGUUGGAUUCGGUCCCAACAGUGCCCAACCCCACUAUAUCCCCACCAAAAAUACCAACAGUCGUAUUUUUAACAACGGUACAUUGGUCAUAGAGUCUGGAGGCCAAUAUUACGAGGGCACAACUGACGUCACACGAACUCUGCACUUUGGCAAACCGGACGACCUGAUGACGGAGGCAUAUACUCGCGUCCUGGUUGGUCAGAUGACGUUCAAUUCGCUCACUUUCCCUAACAACAUGAAGAUGGCGCACGUGGACGUCUUGGCCAGGGGUCCAUUGUGGGAAAUGGGAUUGGAUUACUUGCACGAGAGUGGUCAUGGGAUUGGAUCGUUCCUGGGAGUGAAGGAAUCUCCUAUAUCAGUACAGUACGAUUUGGAAGUGUCAAACAGACAGACAUUUAAACCAGGCUACUUUCUAACCAAUGGUCCAGGGUAUUACAAGGAAGGAUAUUUUGGAGUCAGACUGCAAAACAUCUUAGAAGUCAUAGAAAAACCAUGGUUAGAGCAUACAUCAGGACAUAAAUACUUAGGUUUCAAGGUGAUUUCAUUGGUUCCCUAUCAACUCAAACUUAUUAAGCUGAGCUUACUAUCUACACAUCAAAGACGUUGGUUGAACAGAUACAACGAAGAAAUACGGCAAGAAGUAGGGGCCGAAUUGAAACGUCAAAACAAAAUGGAAGGGUUCUACUGGAUGAUGGAAAACACGAAAUACAUUCCAGAAAAUGGAAUUCCAAGAACGCCACUGGCCAAUUCCCUGCUCGUUUUGGGUGGUUUCAUCAUCAGGAUGAUCGUGGUCAAUUAGGUCCAUUUAUUUAAAAAAUGAUUAGCUUUUAAGAAAAUUAUUUUUGUAUUAUUUAUGUCGUCGUCUUAUACGUAUUUAUGUUUUGUAGUGAUAAAAAAAAACAAAUAAUUUAUACCACAUUGUGUUCACUGAAAAAAAAACAAAUACUCAAAAAAUCUGCUAGUAAUAGAGGCACUAAAAGGGUGUUCAAAAUUCGAGAAUGAUUUAAGAAUAUUUUCACCAAAAGAAAUGACAGUUAAAGCUGCUCUUUAUUUGAAGAACAAUUUACCUAACCAAGAAUAUGUACUUUUUCAUUUUUCUAAGUGCCGUGUGGAUUUUUUACAGAUACGUGUAUAUGUUUUUCAUUCUGAUAUAUUAUCAAUACAUGGCAUGUUUCCAACUUUCCAACUAAGACAUAUUUAGGUUAUAUUAUACCUGCCUGAAAUCUCAGUCUUGAAUUUGGGACACCCUAUACAUAUAAAGACAAAUUUUUCAAUAAUGUAUGUAUAGACUUACAACAAAAUGACCUUUACAAUAUUUAAAACACCCUGUAACAAUAUGCAAUCAAUAAACACC